AUGGGCAUGUUGAUGCCUUGCAUAGCAAUUGCCCAAACAUCCCAGACCAAAGUCAUGCUCCAUGAUAUCUUCCGCACACCAGCACCACCGGGCGAUGCAUUCGCACCAGAUGGCAGUCACGUUCUUGUGGUCAUGACGGUUCUCAUCCGCAUCUCUCUUGGCUUCCUUGCGUUUGCCAUCUCCGAGAGCAAGCGAUUCAAGACAUCAAUUCCCAUCGGACUGGUUGUUGCUAGCAUCUUCUGCGUCAUCCCUGAGGCUGUCAACAAUUACCUCGGAGGUGUGUAUUGGACGCAGUCGCAUGAUCCCAAGCAGCUUCUCUUCAUGCUCAUGGGUCGCAAAUUCGACUAUUAUGUCGCCUUCAUAUGCUCUUACGACGACGCAGCCUGGGGGGCUCGCACACCUGAAGCUGUAGCUGGGACCGGCGGCGGACUGAAGUUCGGUGCCACAGAGGACGCGGCGUGA